GGACGGGCCUUCUCACAGUGCGGACACCGUGUGUGGUACAGUGUCAUGGGCUAGAUCUCCCAACUCAGCCACACCGUUCAUAAGACACGUAAUGAUGGGGAGGAUCGGCCGGCGCGGAGUGGGGGGCCGCCGGUUCCCCACGGCCUGACAAUGGGGGGAGACAAUAACCAAAAUACGAGGGGAAACCCUCACCUUCGGGACUUUCAACUGUAGUGAGACAAAAAACCACCAACACCAUGCUGCCGACCAACGUCAUGUCCUUCAUGAAAAAGAUGGUGGCCACCAACGAGGGGGCGGCGGGGGCGGGGCCGGACAUGGAGUCAGGGACUGUCCUCAGCAAGGUCCGCCAGACACUGUCCACUGGUCUCAUGAAUGCUCAACACCAAGUAACGAGGAUGACCCCCACAACCCGCCAACCAGAAGCCUCCACACCCCCUGACUCUGCUACCCCUACCAAGCCCGAGGAACCCGCCAUACCUAAACCAGUAAAGACUGAGCAAACCAACCGUCAGGGCGCGUGUCGCGUCUGCCUGAAGAGCUUCAAGGAGGGCGACUACUCCAGGAACUGCUACGAGUGUCACCAGAAGGUGUGCGAAGACUGCGCGUCGUACUACAAACAGGACGAGAACCAAGACGAGAACACAUGGCGCUGCAGCAUAUGCCGCCGCAAGAUUCAGAGCCGUACCCAGCCAGUGAUAGCACAGGACUCCACCGACUCCCUGCUGGACGUCCCCGUACUGGAGGCGCUUCAGCGGCGUCAUAGUGACGUCAAGAUUGGCUCCGGCAGUCUGGGGGUGACCGGAGGAGGUCCCUCGGGUCUGGCACCUCCGAGGUCCCCGGAACUGCGACGACACUCGGACGUCUCCCCGGCGUCCCUCAAGGAACUGGAGAAAGUCAAGGAGAAGGCAAGAGAAAGAGAGCUAGAAUGGCGGCAUAAGAGAGGCAGUGGGGGUGGUAGUCCAGGCAACAGUAGAGCUACUAGUCCUAGUGUAGAGAGGAGACCCUUCGCUGGAGAGGACCACCAGCAACGGUCUCACAGAGGGCCCGAUGAACAAGACGGGGAUGACGGCUCAGACCCCAGGUGGCUAGGUCGUGGCGCCCCCGCCCGAGCCACCUCUCGCCGAAAGUCCAGAGUGACAAAACAGCACAGCUAUGACGACGAUGUCAAGCCUGGGGGCCCGGCGGCGACGACAGCGGCCUCUGGAGACCCUGGUCUAGGGUUGCCGGCGGCGUUGCCACGACGAGCCUCUGCCUACGAUGUGUUCAUGGCCCGGGGGGAUGGUCCAGGGGUCAACCCCGCCUCUCUGGUCCAGAAUGCUGGUCCAGGAGUCGGUCGUAGAUCCUCCUUCCGAGUACCAGCCCCAGAGCCUGAUGACCAGCCUUCUUCGUCUCCGCUCUCUCCCGAAGGAGGUCCAUCACUAGCUGUGGACGAAGAGAGGAGAGCCCGUAGAAGAGGUUCACAACUGCCAGACAUAGCGGCCAUAACACGUGGGGCGGGAGUGCGUGCCUCAGUGAGGGCUCCUCAGACAUCGGCGCCCCCAGUGACGGCGGCCAGGGUGGCUCCUGUGGUGGCGCCUGAGGAGCACGCCCCUGAGGUGCGACGACAAGCCUCUGUACAGGACGGGGAAGCCAUCAAGAUUGUGAUACACGACGUCGACUACGAGCCUGCGAUACCUUCCAGACCAGGGACCAAACGAAGAGUGACCCUGCGUCGCGACCCUGGUGAUAAGGCACAUAGAACUCGCGGGUUUGGUAUGAGAGUUGUAGGUGGUAAGACCGGCCCAGAUGGCCGACUGUUCGCCUACAUAGUCUGGACUGUACCAGGUGGGCCUGCGGAGAAAGGGGGGCUUCAACAGGGGGACAAGGUGCUGGAAUGGGGAGGAGUGGGUCUCACAGACCGCAGUUUCGAGGACGUUUGUCAAAUCAUGGACAGGACGGGCGACGCUGUCGACCUACUUGUUGAGCAUUGCAUGGACCUCCGAAUGUGCGAUCUUCUGGAUGAACCAAUCCCAGUUUCUGCGAGGAAAAACUCUGGGGAGGGUCUUGGUCUGCAGUUAGAUUCAGAAGUAGACAAGUCACCCGCAUCGCCAACCAGGAGAAAGUUACCCAAGACCCCGGAACAACUGGCUAGGGAGAAGAGUGAGAAGGCAGAGCCGAAGCCUCCAGUAGCAGUUAGUGGACGGAUACAGCUGCAGGUCUUCUAUAACGACGAGAAGAACGAGAUCGUUGUGAGUGUCUUCGCUGCAGACGACCUUGCAGCCAGGGAAGAUGCUGGUUAUGGAACUCUGCCAGAAGCUUAUGUGCAGCUGCGUCUUCUUCCGUUCACAGGAGAGCAGCCAGCUGUAAAGACAGAUGUGGCAGAACCAUCGCAAAACCCUCUAUGGAACACGACUGUGGAGAUAAAGAACGUGUCUGGAGAACAGCUGAUGGACAAAACCAUCGAGGUGUCGCUGUGGGACGCUAGGCCAGACAAGGAACAGGUGUUUUUGGGAGAGAGCGCCGUAGACUUGACCAAGAGUCUGAUGGAAGACUGUCCGGUGUGGUAUCGCCUGGAGGACCCUCGGCAGAUCCGCUCCGGUAAACCAUCGCCUCGUAGCUCGCUAGUGUCUGCCAUAAAUGAGAGGCUACUGGCCCGUGGCAACCGCUCUGUCUCAGAAGAGCGAGAAAGUGACGACGGUGAUGGUGUAGGAAGCUUCUUGCAUCCUGACCACGCGUACUUAGGGGGCAGCAGGAGGGGCUCUAGUCAAUCUGAACAGCUAGAGGUGGAGCAAUACCAGCUUAAUAAGGACUUCUCCCGCUCCUUGCCAGGCAGCAGGCGAAGCUCUUUCCAGAAAGAAGGCGAAAAACAAGAAGCAGAACAACCACUGCCAGUGUACAACAGAGAGAGGAGGCGCAGCUCGGUGACGCCUAGGAGAGACCCGGACGAGAUUUUACGAAGUUUGAAGGCUGUAAAAGGAGAGUUGCUCGGUCGCAGUAUGAGCAUCAGUGUGGACAAGCGCGGCCAGCGACGAGCUUCGGCGGGCAAGGACGGGAGAGGGAGGAAAGGUUCAAUGAUGGUGGGGAUGGAGAGGACUGAGCCCUUAGUGAGCUGCAGCAGCCCUUCUGAUGAGGAGGACAGAUGGAGUACAAAGUCUGAAGCUAAACCCUUGGGGCCGGGACAGAUACAGCCAAGAGGUCACAAGAAGUCUGCAGGAAAUCAAGCUGAGUUAAAACUGAGUCUUUUGAUGACCAAGGGACAAUUGGAAGUGGAGGUUGUGUGUGCUCGAGGAAUCAAGGAGGAUCCACCACCAGAUACAUAUGUGAAGACGUAUCUACGGGACGGGGAACGAUGGUUGCAGAAACGUAAGACAAGGGUUGUAAGACACUCGUGCGAGCCUCAGUUCCGCCAAACCCUCAGAUACUCUGCAUGCGACGUACUGGGCCGUUCCCUGGUGGUUAUGCUGUGGGAGAAACAAAAAGGAUUUGAGCACAACGUCGGUCUGGGAGGAGCAGAAAUCGCUUUCAACCGCAUCAAGCUGACUCAAGUGACUCUGGGAUGGUAUCCACUCUUCCCCAUCCAGACUCUGGGGUCGGACUCCAACGACUCGCCGUGACCCGCUCGCUGUACAACGGAGUUCUACUGUCAUCUCUUCCGAUUCUAUCUCCAACAUCUCUGUCAACUUUACCCUAUCUAUCUUACUGUUAUCUUGUGGAACUACAAUCUUCCCCUUAGUAACGUUUUGUCACUUUCAUAUCUUACUAUUUUCUGAAAGGCAGUGUCCUAUAUCAGAUGUCACACGCCUAACAUUAAGCAAUCUCGGGAUUUACCUUAACUACCUAAGCUCCACUAUACUAAAGAACAUUUAUAUUAUAAAAUAAUCUAUGGUAAAAUUCUAUCUCUGGUUAUAUAGCUUGUCAGUUCCACUCGUCACUUGUGGACAGCUGUUUUGUUGAUUUAUAUCUUUUCAAAUAUUAUAUACUUUAAAAAGUUUCCGGAUGAAGUUAUCUGUCCCGGUUUAAGGAAGUGCUUUACAACUGAGAAUACUUUUACUAUUGCAUUAAACGUCUUACCAAACUAAUAUCUUUUACUUCUAAAUUUAUUCUUGAUUGACAUCGACAGUAUCUGCCAUACUAUAUCGGACCUGUAUAAUAAGAAAUAUUUCCUGGUGAUAUGUGAACAAUAUUUUAGAUGAAAGCAAUAUAUAGUUCCAAUAGUAAAAGAUGUUUAUUUACCGGGUCAUUUGUUACUAUCUAGCAAUACUUUAAGGGUGAAGAGCAAUACGAAAAGGUAGGUUUUAAGAAUCACCUUGAAAUAUUCAAGAAACAGUUUGUGUGUGACUGAAGAAUACAUUAAGUGCGUACGCCACUAUCUCAAUCAAGAUAUACAAUGUUAUCCACAUCAGUAGGAGUUUCAAUGCAUCCAACUCCUCGGGUGAUAAUCGAUAGACUUGUGCAGUGUUGCGAUCGUGUAUCAUUUUGUAUAAAGUAGAAUACGAGAGGUAGUUUAUAAAACCCUUCGGAUUAAUUCAUACUGUUGUACAUAUUACUCUCAUAUCCUUGAAUACACUUUAUAUCAAUUAUAAUUUUUAUUUGAAAAUGUAUACAAAAGUUUGUAUUUUAAGCUUAAGUAAGUAAAAAACACCAAUAUAAAUACAAAUUGGAAAAUUGUUUACGUACAACGGAAACAUCUGAACUACUUGAGAUUCAAAGCCGUGUAAGAGAAUUUGAAUUUAUUCCCAGUUAACGAAGAUUCAACGAGAUGCAACUAUAUUUUGUAAUAUUGUAUUGUUGUGAAAUAUUAUUGAUGAUGUAUACAGAAAUUUCUAUACAAUAAUCAACUGUUGGUUUGUAAAGCCCGUACAACGCACCAUUUUAUAGAUAAGGAAAAAUUAUGAUUUGUAAAAAUAAUGCGAGACAUAUUUUAGAAAGUCGAACUGAAAACUGAAUAUUGUGAUACGUGUGUGAAGCUCCAAGGGUAAAACUGCGGGUCGGUUUUGAGUCCUUGUCUUUUGGAGUUGUGCUUUUUACUGUCAAUAAGAUUUUCAGUGUUAAUAUUUGUCACAGGGAGUUAACAUUUCCUCUUUAUAGUGUGUUGUUUCUGGAGUAAACUAAGAAACAUCAAUGUAAUUGAGAAUGUUAUCCCCUAAUUCUACCAUACCCAAACUAAAAUUCUUAUCUUCGAUACUAAAAGAUAUUUCCAAACACUCUCUAUUUUGCUCUUAAUACAGUUAGUACAGGCAAAAUAGAUUAAA